AUGGAGCAACCACCGGGGGAUUCCGAUGAUUUACAGCCCCAAGACCUCUCCUCCACCCGUAGCCUCCCUGCUGCGAUAGACCUGACCAGAAAAGGUGAGGAUUGCCUCGUAAAAGCCAACUCCAUGGAGCCCCUACAGGUGGUCAAGCCUCCAAGCUGGUACCCAGGCUCUGGAUCCAGCAAGGGACUCUCCUUCCCAGAAACUGACCCCGACCACAGGCUUCAACCAGGAGACCAGAUCCAGCCGGACAAUGCCUUCUCCAACACUACAGUCACACUCUCCUAUGUAAGCCGGUCUCAUGUUUUUUCCGCUCAUGACUCUCUCUCUCAGCAUUCCUCUCUCUACUGUGUACCGUCGAUCAGCAAGUUCUCAACCAUGGAUGGCUACCUGCAGCAGAUGGAUAGGCCUAUGGGCUUAGUGCCUCAGUCUGAAAUGUUUGACUCUAUGCCUCGAGCUCAGGUGGUGGGUGAGAAUGUAGCAGGGGUGUGUCUGAUGCAACAGGCUCAUGAAAUCAACAGCAGUCGAGUCGCCAGUAAUGGAGGAGUAGAGAAAUACAAGCCUCAACAGAGAGGGAGUUCAAUGGAUCACAGUCUUUCUCAGGACGCAGACCACAAUGCAGGACUGCAGAAUGGCAGGAGUAGCAGCAGCUGGUCUAAUUCUGCAAUAUGUAUCGAUUCCUCUCCAGAGCCUCUCAUUACAGACAUGGAGGAGGAGGAGGAGGAGGAAGGACGGAGGAGGGCUGACUCAGAGGUUCUCUUUCUCAUCUCAUCCAGAACGGAGGAGCCAGUCCUGAUCCAGGACAACAGGGACCUGUGUUCUCAUAGUAGGGAGUAUAUCAGUCCUCUGGAGGACCCAGUCUCUCCCUCUGUUACCACACUGGAUGACGUAGAGGAUGUGUUCAUUCUGCCUCAGGCCUCCUGCACACCCAGCUUUGAAAAUUAUUUAGCAGACGAGACAGCUGAUACCAGCUUGGAUGAGCUGGAGAGAGGUGGGCCUGGGCUGUCUGCAGUACAGGGGAUAAGGUCUAAUGGUGAUAAUACACCAAUGUUAGAUACCAGCAAGGACUACCAGCAGUCAGGACAUAAACCCAAGGCAGCUUCAGAGUCUAUUGUUGACUUGACAGAAGACGAGAGCACUGUGCCAGAGAUUUUAGAAAAGAAACCCAAGGAGACGGCUGCUUCUCACUUGAAUGGUAAUGCAAAGGCAGAGCAGAGGACUUUUGAGAAGAAAAAACUUCCCCCUCGCUCUGGCAGGGGAACUAGGUUAGAGGCCAUAGUGAUGAACAUAAACCCUAACUGGUAUAAAGUAUCCACUAAGAAGCCCAAGGCCUCAAAGACCCAGACCCAGCCUCCGACAAAUCCCCAGACUCAGAGCAGUCCAUCUAAAGCCAAUGUUAGUCCUAACAAACAUACCUCAUCUGUAGGGAAGAAGAAAGUCCAGAAUAAAGCAGCAUCUAGUUCAGAGGGAGAGACUAAAGUAAAGGCAGCCAGAGUAAAGCCAGACGCAACGAAAGGCUGUAUGGAUAGCAUUAACAGGAACACAGACAGUUGUAAAGAGUCAACGUCAGAUUCUGAACACACCUGUUUUUCCAAAUACCCACACAACCACAGCACAUCUCCAAAAACCUCCAGCCCGCCCUUUGUUCCAGUCAAAGAUUCAGAGAAGGAGUCGGAACACAGAGAGUCAGACCCUGAGCCCUCCGAGGUGGAUGUACUGACUGUAUCACGGCCACUUAAAACAUCUCCAAAAAGCCACGGGAAGCAUAAAGCUAAGACUACAUGCAGCGAAGCAGCUUCUCCCACAGCCAAAACCAUGAAGGCAACCCCUGCUCCCAAGAAGAAACGGAAGAAACCUAGACUGGGCCAGUUUUCCUCUAUGUUUUCCCCUCAGGAGCCUGAAAUAAAACUGAAAUACGUCAACUACAAGGAGGAGAAGAGGGAUAUUAGGAGGGACACGUUCUCUCCUUUCAUCCAUAUGGACCUUAAGCCCUCCUCCACCUCCCCCGCCAACUGUACUGUCAUCAACUACCCAGAGGAGGAGAAGCCCAGGCAGAAGAAGGGUCAGGGGCAACAGCAGGCUGGAGGCUCAGGGUCUGGGGGUUUCAUCCCUGGGGCUAUACCCUCCACCUCCUGUCUCCACCUGGGCCGCAUCUCCACCCACAGCCAAUACCACAGCUCCCUGGUCUGCUGCCUCUGUAGAGGCUCGGCUAAUGCCAUGGACCUGGGGGACCUCCACGGCCCCUACUACCCUGAAGGAUACAGACCCAGCACUAAACCCCCUGUUAGCACCCCAGGCCUCAAAGAAGAGGAGGAGGAUUUCAGUGACUCUGACUCCUCCUGCAGCAUGAGAGGCCAGGGCAGAAAGUGUGCUCGGCCCCCAGGGGUCCCCUGGCCCCACAAACCUGGCCCGCGGCUGAACCAGGAUGGCCUGCUGGGGAGGUGGACCAGUGACCCUUCAGGCAGCCCUGCAGCAAAGAGGGCCAGGAUUGAGGCUGGGACUGGGGCUGGGGUUACAUCUGAGGCUGCGGCUGCAGUAGAGGACUGGUACAGCGCCCCUGUGGUGCCUCUAGACCAGUGUGAGUACUGGCUCCACGAGGACUGUAGCAUCUGGUCUGCAGGUGUGUUCCUGGUGAAGGGGAGGGUCUACGGUCUGGAAGAGGCGGUCAAGGUGGCUCAGGAGACGGUAAGUUUAAAUUCUGCAGCCCAGAAAUGUGCCUCUGUAUGUUUAAAUGAGUCUAUUGAAUUAUGAUUGGGGAGUAUACAGUGCAUUUGGAAAGUAUUUAGACCCCUUGACUUUCUCCACAUUUUGUUACGUUACAGCCUUAUUCUAAAAUUGAUUAAAUUGUUUUUUCCCCCCUCAUCAAUCUACACACAAUACCAAAUAAUGAGAAACCAAAAACAGGUUUUUAGACAUUUUUGCAAAUUUAGUUGUUUUUUAAAAACCCCGGAAAUAUCACAUUUACAUAAGUACUCAGACCCUUUACUCAGUACUUUGUUGAAGCACCCUUGGCAGCGAUUACAGCCUAGAGUCUUCUUGGGUAUGACGCUACAAGCUUGGCACACCUUUAUUUGGGGAGUUUCUCCCAUUCUUCUCUGCAGAUCCUCUCAAGCUCUGUCAGGUUGGAUAGUGAGCAUCGCUGCACAGCUAUUUUCAGGUCUCUCCAGAGAUGUUCGAUCGGGUUCAAGUCCAGGCUCUGACUGGGCCACCCAAGGACAUUCAGAGACUUGUCCCGAAGCCACUCCUGCGUUGUCUUGGCUGUGUGCUUAUGGUCAUUGUCUUGUUGGAAGGUGAACCUUCACCCCAGUCUGAGGUCCUGAGCGCUCUGGAGCAGGUUUUCAUCAAGGAUCUCUCUGUACUUUGCUCCGUUCAUCUUUCCCUCAAUCCUGACUAGUCUCCCAGUCCCUGCCGCUGAAAAACAUCCCCACAGCAUGAUGCUGCUACCACCAUGCUUCACUGUAGGGAUGGUGCCAGGUUUCCUCCAGACGUGACGCUUGGCAUUCAGGUCAAAGAGUUCAAUCUUGGUUUCAUCAGACCAGAGAAUCUUGUUUCUCAUGGUCUGAGAGUCCUUUAGGUGCCUUUUGGCAAAAUCCAAGCGGGCUGUCAUGUGCCUUUUUACUGUGAAUUGUCUUCCGUCUGGCCACUCUAACAUAAAGUCCUGAUUGGUGGAGUGCUGCAGAGAUUGUUAUUUUUCUGGAAGGUUCUCCCAUCGCCACAGAGGAACUCUAGAGCUGUCAGAGUGACCAUCGGGUUCUUGGUCACCUCCCUGACCAAGGCCCUUCACCUCCGAUUGCUCAGUUUGGCCGGGCGGCCAGCUCUAGGAAGAGUCUUGGUGGUUCCAAACUUAUUCCAUUUAAAAAUGAUAGAGGCCACUGUGUUCUUUAGGGCCUUCAAUGCUGCAGACAUUUUUUGGUACCCAUCCCCAGAUCUAUGCCUCGACACAAUCCUGUCUCGGAAUUCUACGGACAAUUCCUUCGACCUCAUGGCUUGGUUUUUGCUCUGACAUGCACUGUCAAUCAUGGCACCUUAUAUAGACAGGUGUGUGCCUUUAUCAAAUCAUGUCCAAUUUAAUUUACCACAGGUGGACUCCAAUCAAAUUGUGGAAACAUCUCAAAAGAUGAUCAAUGGAAACAGGAUGCAACUGAGCUCAAUUUUGAGUCUCAUAGCAAAAGGUCUGAAUAAUUAUUUAAAAUUAAGGUAUUUCUGUUAUUUAUUUUUUUUUGUUUUUUAUCCAUUUUAGAAUAAGGCUGUAAUGUAAUAAAAUGUGGAAAAAGUCAAGGGGUCUGAAUACUUUCUGAAUACUUUCUGAAUACUUUCUGAAUACUUUCUGAAUACUUUCUGAAUGCACUGUAUGUAGUGUUCUUUACCUCCCAUAGGGACUAUGUCUGUUGUUUUAGCCAUCUUUUUACAAUUUGAGAUUUCUCAUGUUUUUGUAGAAGUACACUACUGGUCAAAAGUUUUAGAACACCUACUUAUUGAAGUUUUCUUUUUUUUUAAACUAUUUUCUACAUUGUAGAAUAAUAGUGAAGACAUCCAAACUAUGAAAAACACAUGUGGAAUCAUGUAGUAACCAAAAAAGUGUUAAACAAAUAAAAAUAUUGAUAUCUUCAAAGUAGCCACCAUUUACCUUGAUGACAGCUUUGCACACUCUUGGCAUUCUCUCAACCAGCUUCAUGAGGAAUGCUUUUCCAACAAUCUUGAAGGAGUUCCCACAUAUACUGAGCACUUGUUGGCUGCUUUUCCAUCACUCUAUGGUCCAACUCAUCCCAAAUCAUCUCAAUUGGGUUGAGGUCGGGUGAUUUGUGGAGGCCAGGUCAUCUGAUGCAGCACUCCAUCACUCUCCUUGGUCAAAUAGCCCUUACACCGCGUGUAAGUGUGUUUUGGGUCAUUGUCCCGAGUGGUGCAGUGGUCUAAGGCACUGCAUCGUGCUAGCUGUGCCACUAGAGAUCCUGGUUCGAAUCCAGGCUCUGUUGUAGCCGGCCGCGACCGGGAGACCCAUGGGGCGGCGCACAAUUGGCCCAGCGUCGUCCAGUGUAGGGGAGGGAAUGGCCGGCAGGGAUGUAGCUCAGUUGGUAGAGCAUGGCGUUUGCAGCGCCAGGGUUGUGGGUUCGAUUCCCACGGGGGGCCAGUAUGAAAAAUAAAAUUAAAAUAAUGUAUGCACUCACUAACUGUAAGUCACUCUGGAUAAUGUAAAUGAAAAACAAAUGAUAGUCCCACUAAGCCCAAACCAGAUGGGAUGGCGUAUCGCUGUGAUAGCCAAGCUGGUCAAGUGUGCCUUGAAUUCUAAAUAAAUCCCAGACAGUGUCACCAGCAAAGCACCCCCACACCACAAAACCACCUCCUCCAUGCUUUACAUUGGGAAAUACACAUGCAGAGAUCAUCCGUUCACCCACACCGCCUCUCACAAAGACAUGGCGGUUGGAACCAAAAAUCUCAAAUUUGGACUACAGACCAAAGGACACAUUUCCACCAGUCUAAUGUCCAUUGCUCGUGUUUCUUGGCCCAAGCAGGUCUCUUCUUAUUGGUGUCCUUUAGUAGUGGUUUCUUUGCAGCAUUUCGACCAUGAAGGCCUGAUUCACACAGUCUCCUCUGAACAGUUGAUGUUGAGAUGUCUGUUAAUUGAAACCCCCCCCCCCCCCACACACACACACCUUGUCACAACACAACUGAUUGUCUCAAACGCAUUAAGAAGGACAGAAAUUCCACAAAUUAACAACUGUUAAUUGAAAAUCAUUCCAGGUGACUACCUCAUGAAGCUGGUUGAGAGGAUGCCAAGAGUGUGCAAAGUUGUCAUCAAGGCAAAGGGUGGCUAUUUGAAGAAUCUCAAAUAUAAAAUAUUAUUUGAUUUGUUUAACACUUUUUUGGUUACUAUAUGAUUCCAUAUGUGUUAUUUCAUAGUUUUGAUUUCUUCUCUAUUAUUCUACAAUGUAGAACAUUUUAAAAAAUAAAGAAAAACCCUUGAAUGAGUAGGUGUUCUAAAACCUUUGACCGGUGGUGUAUGUAAUAGUACUAGAGUUCUGUUUAGCAAUGUAAAAUAUUAUAGCAUCUUGUCUUUUGGUCUUGGUCUGUAACACCCAACCAAUUAAUUAUAUUUCAUGUUUUCAGACGUGUUCUCGCUGCGAUAUCCCAGGUGCCACGUUGGGCUGCUUCUUCAAAGGAUGCCCCAACAAGUAUCACUACAGGUGUUCUCUACAGUCAGGUGAGUCUCCCCCUCUGCCCUGUCCCUAGCUGGGACCCUUCUACUUCUGCUUAGUAAUGGGCCCAGUUGCAAUAUUUAUGCGGAAGAAGGGAGGAGGGAAGGAUACAUUUGGAAGCAUCUCAACCAGGCGUCCAGGACUAGGAAGUGUACUGGGUCCUCCCAUAAGUCUGCCAUGAUUCUAAUGCAGGAUGGUAUGUAUCGUCACUUCCUGCUGUGUCAACAGCAGUAAAAUUUAGAUUAAAAAAAAAAAACUACAUAAAAAUACACCUUAUGGAACAGCAGGGACUGUGAUGCAACACAAACAUAGACACAUGCAUACGAACACACGAUAACAUACGCACUAUACACACAUGGAUUUUGUGUUAUAUAUGUGGUAGGAGAGUAGAGACUUGAGGGCACACACUUAAUAUGUUGUGGAAUCUGUUAUGAAUGUAUUGUAAUGUUUUUUUUUUUUUUGUGUAACUGCCUUAAUUUUGCCCGACCCCAGGAAGAGUAGCUACUGCCUUGGCAGCAGCUAAUGGGGAUCCAUAAUAAAUACACCUAUUAGUUCUCCAGCCCGUCACCAGCUACCGAGUCCUCAUAGUAAACAUGACCCAGUCUAGUCUAUUCUUGCAGCCGAGACAACGGGUGUAUUCACCGGGAAGCAAACGGGCUGAAAUGGGGAGGGGCCUACUUGAAUUUGUCCAAUAAGAAACGCUUGUUUUAGUUUUUCCGUUGCAAAACGUUUUGCUACGGUGUGCACUAAUGAAAACCCCCCCAUGCCAAGGCUUUCAUAUUGAACUUGGUAGCAGUCAGCCCAGAAGUUUGAGCCACCUCAGUGACUGAUGACUAAUGUUCGUAAUCGGUUCUGAGACGUGAUUUUAUCUUGACUUAUCAUGUUGCUUUAUAUAUGUAUCUUAUUAAAACAGACAUCCAGCCUUGUUCCCUGAUUGUCUAUUUUGUGUGCCGAAUGCCAUGUUGUGCCACAGUCUAAGUUUGGUAGAGUGGUGUUUAAGGUUAGGCCUCGUACUGUGGUUCAAUAACGGUAAUGCCACCCCAGCUCCACGGACGUACCCUGUGUGUGUUCUUUAAAUAGUUGUGUGUUGCAGGCGCUCUCUGUUACAACCUAUCCCUAUCUGUAGCCUGUUGGUGUUUGUGGAGGCUGGUUUCGACUGCUGUUGGCUAUUGAGCCAUCUGAUGAAUCACUGUCUUUUAUUGAUCCAAGCAUUCUUCUCCCCACAGACUGUGUCCUCAAUGAAGAUAACUUCUCCAUGAAAUGCACCAAGCACAAGGUAUGGAUGGUUGAUUAAUUGAAGUGACUGCUAGGUUUGAUCCUUACUAAGCCUAUCUCUGUCACUCAGUGGCUGUGUUUUUAGUCUCACUCUAUUGGACAAAUGUUGUCUUUGUGGAAGAGUUGAGGCUGGCAUGAAGCCAACAGUUUAACAAUCCUCCAUUUUAUGAUUUACUGUGCAUCGCUAAUAUGAAGUAUGGCCCUACAGUAUGAUAUACGGUGCCUUCAGAAAGUAUUCAUACCCCUUGACCUCUUCCACAUUUUGUUUUUACAGCCUGAAAUAUCCAGAAAAUCACAUUGUAUGAUUUUUAAGUAAUUAAUUUGCAUUUUAUUGCAUGACAUAAGUAUUUGAUACAUCAGAAAAGUAGAACUUAAUAUUUGGUACAGAAACCUUUGUUUGCAAUUACAGAGAUCAUACGUUUCCUGUAGGUCUUGACCAGGUUUGCACACACUGCAGCAGGGAUUUUGGCCCACUCCUCCAUACAGACCUUCUCCAGAUCCUUCAGGUUUCGGGGCUGUUGCUGGGCAAUACGGACUUUCAGCUCCCUCCAAAGAUGUUCUAUUGGGUUCAGGUCUGGAGACUGGCUAGGCCACUCCAGGACCUUGAGAUGCUUCUUACGGAGCCACUCCUUAGUUGCCCUGGCUGUGUGUUUCGGAUCGUUGUCAUGCUGGAAGACCCAGCCAUGACCCAUCUUCAAUGCUCUUACUGAGGGAAGGAGGUUGUUGGCCAAGAUCUCGCGAUACCUGGCCCUCCCCUCAAUACGGUGCAGUCGUCCUGCCCCCUUUGCAGAAAAGCAUCCCCAAAGAAUGACGUUUCCACCUCCAUGCUUCAUGGUUGGGAUACUGUUCUUGGGGUUGUACUCAUCCUUCUUCUUCCUCCAAACACGGCGAGUGGCGUUUAGACCAAAAAGCUAUAUUUUUGUCUCAUCAGACCACAUGACCUUCUCCCAUUCCUCCUCUGGAUCAUCCAGAUGGUCAUUGGCAAACUUCAGACGGGCCUGGACAUGUGCUGGCUUGAGCAGGGGGACCUUGCGUGCGCUGCAGGAUUUUAAUCCAUGACGGCGUAGUGUGUUACUAAUGUUUUUCUUUGAGACUGUGGUCCCAGCUCUCUUCAGGUCAUUGACCAGGUCCUGCCGUGUAGUUCUGGGCUGAUCCCUCACCUUCCUCAUGAUCAUUGAUGCCCCACGAGGUGAGAUCUUGCAUGGAGCCCUUGAUUGACCGUCAUCUUGAACUUCUUCCAUUUUCUAAUAAUUGCGCCAACAGUUGUUGCCUUCUCACCAAGCUGCUUGCCUAUUGUCCUGUAGCCCAUCCCAGCCUUGUGCAGGUCUACAAUUUUAUCCCUGAUGUCCUUACACAGCUCUCUGGCCUUGGCCAUUGUGGAGAGGUUGGAGUCUGUUUGAGUGUGUGGACAGAUGUCUUUUAUACAGGUAACGAGUUCAAACAGGUGCAGUUAAUACAGGUAAUGAGUGGAGAACAGGAGGGCUUCUUAAAGAAAAACUAACAGGUCUGUGAGAGCCGGAAUUCUUACUGGUUGGUAGGUGAUCAAAUACUUAUGUCAUGCAAUAAAAUGCAAAUUAAUUACUUAAAAAUCAUACAAUGUGAUUCUCUGGAUUUUUGUUUUCGAUUCCGUCUCUCACAGUUGAAGUGUACCUAUGAUGAAAAUUACAGACCUCUACAUGCUUUGUAAGUAGGAAAACCUGCAAAAUCGGCAGUGUAUCAAAUACUUGUUCUCCCCACUGUGUGUGUGUGUGUGUGUGUGUGUAUAUAUAUAUGUAUGUAUGUGUAUAUAUAUAUAUAUAUAUAUGUAUGUAUGUAUAUAUAUAUAUAUAUAUAUAUAUAUAUAUAUAUAUAUAUAUAUAUAUAUAUAUAUAUAUAUAUAUAUAUAUAUAUAUAUACACACACAAUAAACCAUAGUGUAAACAUGUUUUUAGAAAUCUUUGCACAUUUUAUUGAAAAUUAAAUACAGAAAUAUCUCAUUUAUGUAAGCAUUCUGAGUCAAUACUUUGUAGAAGCACCUCUGACAGUGAUUACAGCUGUAAGUAUUUCUGGGUAAGUCUCUAAGAGCUUUCCACACCUGGAUUGUGCAUCAUUUGCCCAUUAUUCUUUUCAAAAUUCUUCAAGCUCUGUUGAUAAUUUUCAGGUCUUGCCAUAGAUUUUCAAGUAGAUUUAAAUCAAAACUGUAACUCGGCCACUCAGGAACAUUAACUGUCUUCCUGGUAAGCAACUCCAGUGUAGAUUUGGCCUUCUCUUUUAGGUUAUUCCCAAUCUGGCCUUCAUACCAUCAUGGCCACCUAAUCAUCCCCAGCUUCCAAUUGGCUCAUUCAUUCCCCCUCUUCUCCCCUGUAACUAUUCCCCAGGUCGUUGCUGUAAAUUAGAAUGUGUUCUGAGUCAACUUACCUGGUAAAAUAAGGGUUAUAUAAAAGAACAAUUAUUGUCCUGCUGAAUGGUGAAUUCAUCUCCCAGUGUCUGGUGGAAAGCAGACUGAACCAGGUUUUCCUCUACGAUUUUUUGUGCUUAGCUCCAUUCCGUUUAUUUUUAUCCUGAAAAACUCCCCAGUGCUUAACAAAUACAAGCAUACCCAUAACAUGAUGCAGUCACCACUAUGCGUGAAAAUAUGGUGAGUGGCACUCAGUAAUGUGUUGUAUUGUAUUUGGCCAAAUUAUUUUGCAGCGUUACUUUAGUGCCUUGUUGCAUACAGGAUGCAUGUUUUGGAAUAUUUUUAUUCUGUACAGGCUUCCUUUUCACUCUGUCAAUUUGGUUAGUAUUGUGGAGUAACUACAAUGUUGUUGAUCCAUCCUCUGUUUUCUCCUAUCACAGCCAUUAAACUCUUAACUAUUUUAUAGUCACCAUUGGCCUCAUGGGGAAAUCCCUGAGCGGUUUCCUUCAUCUCCGGCAACUGAGUUAGGAAGGACGCCUGUAUCUUUGUAGUGACUGGGUAUAUUGAUACACCAUCCAUAGUGUAAUUAAUAACUUCACCAUAUUCAGAGAUAUUCAAUGUCUGCUUUAUUUUAUUUUUUUACCCGUCUACAAAUAGGUGCCCUUCUUUGCAAGGCAUUGGAAAACCUCCCUGUUCUUAGUGGUUGAGUCUGCGUUUGAAAUUCACUGCUCGACUGAGGGACCUUACAGAUAAUUGUAUGUGUGGGGUACAGAGAUGAGGUAGUUAUUCAAAAAUCAUGUUAAACACUAUUAUUGCACACAGUGAGUCCGUGCAACUUAUUAUGGGACUUGUUAAGCACAUUUUUACUCCUGAACUUAUUUAGGCUUGCCAUAACAAAGGGGUUUAAUACUUAUUGACUCAAGACAUUUCAGCUUUUCAUUUUUUAAGUUAAUUGGUAAAACAUUUUAACAUAAUUCCACGUUGACAUUAUGGGUUAUUGUGUGUAGGCCAGUGACAUAAAAUCUCAAUCCAUUUUAAAUUCAGUCUGUAAUACAACAAAAUGUAGAAAAAGUAAAAGGUGUGAAUACUUUCUGAAGGCACUGUACACAGUCCUAGAAAACCAGAAGGGAAUGAACAUUGGGAUUGGAUUUCUCCAGCACUUAGUCACUGCGAGUAUUGUACAGUACACUGAUCUACUUUCACUGUUACAUUUUCCUUUCACUGGGAAUCUGUGUGUUUUGUGUGCGCGCAUUCCUCCCCAGAACAAGUCAUUCAAAGGCCCUCCUGGGAGCAGAAGAGACAACAGGUGACACAACCAGGAGACAGACUGACUACACAUGGUCAGUGGUUCUCUGUUACAUUAUACAUGACAGCACCACCUCUUCUGGUCUUUGUAAAACAAAAUAAAAUAAAAAAUAUAUUUUUUAAUCCAGCAUUAAUUUUUUGUACAUUAUUGUAACAUUCUUUAAUAACAAUGAUGUUAGUGGGGCAUUUACUAUGUAUAUCCAAAUCACGAAGUGCUAAAUGUUUAACUCUUUGUUUGGAAACCUGAAUGUGUUUUUGUUUUUCUUCCGUUCCAGGGGGGUUUCUCCUAUGAGCCC